ACACACAGAGUACCAUCAAACAGGAACAGGAGGAAACAGCCAUCUCAGGACGAGACUGCGAGCAGAGAGACAGACAGAUACCUGGUUCUUAUGACACAGCAAAUGGAUUCCAGAUCCCAAUCUCCAGGUUUAGAAGGAGUGCGGAAGGACAUAGGGGAUUUCCUUGAUUCACUGGAUGAAACACUAACCACUGAUUCCCAGCAGCUGCCCAGCAAAGCUCCACAGCUCAUUCAGAGGAUGAAAUACCUGCAUUUUCAGCCUCAGUCCAGCGACUCGUUGCUUCUUGAGCAGUUGAUCAAGAAACUGGAGGAAUGUAAAAGGGAAGUCUGCAAACAUCUUGAAGAUAUUAAGUUCAAGGGACCCAGCAUGACCUUGCAAAUGCGGAAAGUGCUUGAGAUGAUCUGGGAGGAGAAGAGGGCCCUGAUGAAGAUGAAGGCUGAAUGUAAAGACAUGUCUGUGAUGCGGGCUGUCCUGGGUACAAUGCAGCUUCAGGUGAAGGAGAAAAAUGAAGAGAUUGCCCGGUUGAGGAGACUGAGCAUUGUCCAGUUGUGGGAACGGGAGAAAAAGAAAGUCGUGUCUGAAGCUUCGGAAAGGGAGCGGGUAUUGAAAGAAGAGACACAGGACCAAAAGGCUCAAUGGAUGGAACUUAAAGAGAAGCUGAUAAAGAAGAUGAAGGUACAAGAGGAGGAGAUUAAAAAGCUGCGUAUGAAAGAGAAGAUUUAUGCAAAGUCUCUUUCUCAUCUGGAAACUCAGAAUCUGAAGGAAGAACUCAGAUUUCUGAAGCAACAAUUGCUCCGAACAGAGGAAGAUUUACACAAGUCCCAGUGUGAAAUUCUGAGGCAGCAGCAACAUACCACAAUGUUCCUCACAAGCCUGAAAACUGACUUACAGAAUGCAGCUGUACGGGAGAACACUGGAUAUUAUCUGCCAUCUGCUAACUUUCACCACAUCUGCAGUCAAUUGGAUAUUGUCGUCCGAGCUGUGCAUGAUGGAUCUCUGAGCUUACUGCCUGUCGACGCACCCAAUCGCGGAUUCCCUCAGGUUGACCCUGUUUGGUUCCAGAUAUCUGCACAAUCUCCACGCCAUGAACAAAUGCUAAAUGACCAAGACGAUCCAGAAAAACUUAAAGGAGCAUCCAAUGUCUCUGUGAGCCGAUCAGCUUCAGCUUCAGGCAAGAAGGCCAAGAAAGGAAGGAGAAAGCUAAAGGCCAGAUUAAUCCAAAGGUCUAUUCACCAAUCAGAUUUAACAGAACUUCGUACCAAAUCUAUGACUCCACCACAUGAUGACGCUCAAUUUUCUUCAUCCCCAACUGACCAGGGAAAACAGACCACCGGCGACGAAAACCAAUCAAACUCUGAAGGAAAGGGUCAACUGGCAGGUCCUCAUGAUGUAAAGAAUGGGGUUUGAAAUGUAAACCUAAAUCCAGGCAUCUGCUGAUGUUCUUCCACACAGUUAAUGCGCAUUGAUGGUUAUUAUGUCCAGUUCUGCUCUCCACAUUGUAUUUACAACACAAAAACUGGCCAUUCAGCCCAACUUAUCAAUUACCUUUCCAACAAUCUUUCAGCUACCCCUCUUCUCCUCACCCUCUCAAUCUAUCUUCCCAGUCUGUACUCCCUUUCUUG